CAAAAAAUACCUAACUGCAUCCCUCCCGAAUGCUCACCCACUUCACACGUACGGAAGUGUGCGGAAAAGGGUGAAGUGUUCAUUUAUAUAUACAUACAUUCAUAUUGGAUCUGAGUCAACAAUCAAGAUUAAGAUGCAGUUCAUGCUGCUGUUUAGUCGGCAGGGUAAGCUGCGUCUCCAGAAAUGGUAUGUUCCUCUGUCAGACAAGGAGAGGAAGAAGAUCUCAAGGGACCUUGUCCAGACCAUUCUGGCACGCAAGCCCAAGAUGUGCUCCUUCCUAGAGUGGAGGGAUCUCAAGAUUGUCUACAAGAGAUAUGCCAGCUUGUACUUCUGUUGUGCAGUGGAAGACCAAGACAAUGAGCUCAUCACACUGGAGAUAAUCCACAGAUAUGUGGAGCUGCUGGACAAGUACUUUGGCAGUGUGUGUGAGCUGGACAUCAUCUUUAACUUUGAGAAGGCCUAUUUCAUCCUGGAUGAAUUCCUACUGGGAGGAGAGGCUCAGGAGACGUCCAAGAAAAACGUUCUAAAGGCUAUUGAGCAGGCUGACCUACUGCAGGAGGAUGCCAAAGAAGCUGAGGCUCCGCGGAGUGUCCUGGAAGAGAUUGGCCUGACAUAAACUCCCUGCCCAACCAUCCCGCUCUCCAGUUUUUCUUUAAGGGGCCCAACCAUCUCUUUGUCUGUGCCCUCUUCCUAGUGGUCUCUCGCUCUCCCCCCACCUUUCUUUCUCUCUCUCUGCCCCUCAAUGUGCUGUUGUGUUAUCCUGAGUAAAACUCUAGAAUGUUGCUAAUGUUACUUGUGCCAACUGGGUUUGUUGUUCCGGUCAUGCUUUGUCAACACUCCCCACUACACCUCUGACCUCCUAUGGUAUAUGUAGCCAGUAGCCACUAACUACACCAAUAACUUUUAAUCUUUUGUCCUUCAAUCAGUGUUUUUUGUUGUACUUGUCCAUGUCUGGACCUGACUUCACUAUUUAAAGGAGUAAGAUCAACCCCAUUUACUUAAUGGGAGUUUAACAAAGUAAGCAAAACAAUGUCAGUAUUUUUAAGUAGUGUUACAUUUACAAAAAAGUAUUCAUAUUCAAGAUGUAAUGUGCUUUCAUUGUAAUGACCAAAGAACACUGUGUUUAUGAUGGAGUAAUUUGGAGAUAAAUGGUGUUAGGGGAAAAUAUUUGUGUAUACCACAUGGCAUCUUGUACACUACUUUUGACUUAUACAUCCUAGCCAAAAGUGCACUAUGUAGGGAACAGGUUGCCAUUUGGGACACAAUGCUCAGUCCCUAUCUAUUGUCCCUAUCUAUUGUGCUGUCUUACAAACUUCCAUGUUAGUCACCCUAAGACAACUCUCAUGUUACAGUCAGAUAAUGAGAAUUUCAGUGUCAUAGCCACCUAAUGACAACUCCCAUGUCAUAUUUAGAUAAAGGCAAUUCCUAUGUCAUAGUCACCUAAUGAUUACUCCCAUGUCAUAGUCACCUAAUGAUUACUCCCAUGUCAUAGUCACCUAAUGACAACUCCCAUGUCAUAGUCACAUAAAGACAACUCCCAUGUCAUAGUCAAAUGAAGACAAAUCCUGUUAGAUUCACAUAGUUAUGUGGGAGUUGGCCAGACAGUGCCAACAUAUCAUGGCAAGGCAAGGGAACACUAGGGAAAAUGAAAAAGGGAUUCUUACUGAUCAAACCUCUUCAUUACAUAGUGCAUUACAUGAGGUACAGGAAGUGCAUUUUGGGCCAUUGUUUUGUAACUUGGAUCCCGACAGAAUUGUUCUGUGCGCAAGUUGAAAUUCUAGGUCAAACAGAGGAUUUCAGUUGGGAUCCAGAUGUGUUGUGAGGACGGCAGCGACCACCGUGAGCACGUCACUGCCAGCGCUUAGUACACAGACACGGCCAGUGUGUAUUCAUCGUUUACACCAAAAAGCAUGUAUUAACAAUGCCUGAUGUCUCAAACACACCUACAGUGCCACCGAGGUCCGGUACAGGGCCAGUACACUCAUGUCCAAUGGAGUGACUCACCGUUGCUUGGCUGGGGCCAGCGCAGUGCGUCCUGCCUGGGGCACGCGCUGGACUUCACGCACACAUGAAAUUGUACGGAGGGGACAGCUUGGUGGAAACGGCAGCAACGGGUGACGCUGUGGGUGUGAUCGACCUGCGUAGCUGUUACAGUUCCUCGUUGGCCGUAUGGCAGCGUGCUCAGGCAGUCUACCAAUGACCAUAAUGACGUGUCCUGCUCAAGUAAGGACUCUUUUUGUCAACAGUACUGUAUUUUGAAAGAUCCAAAAUAGCAGCCUAUUUCCUACAGUGGGCAUUCCUUCUGCGAGCAGACUAUGAAGGGCACCAUGUAGCCUAAACCUGUGUUUACCAGUACUGGUCCCAGGGUGAUGAAGGGCAGCGGUUUUGUUUUGGUCCUUGCACUCAUCCGAUUCCAAUUAAAAGGCUUGAAACAAGUGUUCUGAAAAACUAAACAGCAAAGCCCUUUGGGUUACCAGGACCAGUAUUGUCAAACAACAGCCUGGGGGAAAGGGCACUAGGUUAAUCUCCAUGUACUGCUCCUCUGUACCCUACAAGUCAUUAUAGCGUUGAAGAUUUUUGUUUUUGUAUUUUACACUGCGAAUAUGUUCGCCGGUCUUUUGUUUUGAUGCUCUCAAACACUGCAAAUCAUUAACAAUAAAUGUGUCUGGAUUAACAAGA